AUGCUGUGGGGGGUCGGGCUGGCGGCGCCCCGCUCCUGCGUGGCGGACCUGAGCCGCAACCGCAGCCUGUCCCUGGGCUGGUGCGCGGGGCCCGAGGAGCCGCCGCCCGCCCUCUAUGGGGGCGAGAUCGUCGCCUUCCCGCUGGCGGGCGCGGGGGCGGGCGGCACCAUGGCGGCGCUGGGCUCCGACUCGUGGUGGAAGAAGACGCUGUACCUGACCGGGGGCGCCCUGCUGGCCGCCGCCGCCUACCUGCUCCACGAGCUGCUGGCCAUACGGAAAGAGCAAGAGGUUGAUUCAAAAGAUGCUAUUAUACUGCAUCAGUUUUCAAGGCCUAACAAUGGUGUUCCAAGUCUAUCCCCUUUCUGUCUGAAAAUGGAAACUUACUUAAGGAUGGCUGAUUUACCCUACCAGAACUAUUUUGAUGGAAAACUUUCCCCUCAAGGAAAAAUGCCAUGGAUUGAAUACAAUCACAAAAAAGUAUCUGGCACUGAGUUCAUUAUUGACUUUUUGGAGGAGCAACUCGGAGUGAAUUUAAAUAAAAACCUUGGUCCACGUGAACGAGCUGUUUCCAGAGCAGUGACAAAAAUGGUGGAGGAGCACUUCUAUUGGACUCUAGCUUAUUGCCAGUGGGUGGAAAACCUUCAUGAGACGCAAAAGAUGAUUUCGGUGUACGGCCCCCUCAGUGACUUGCUGAAGUGGAUUCUCUGCCAUCUGACCAAAGGGAUCGUGAAGCGGGAGAUGUACGGCCACGGCAUUGGCCGCUUCUCGGAGGAGGAGAUGUACACGCUGAUGGAGAAGGACAUGCGGACUCUAGCGAGCCUCCUGGGCGACAAGAAGUACAUUAUGGGACCAAACCUUUCCACUGUUGAUGCCACCGUUUUUGGGCAUCUGGCACAGGCAAUGUGGACACUGCCAGGGACCAGACCAGAGAGGCUAAUCAAAGGUGAACUGAUUAACCUUGCUAUGUAUUGUGAAAGAAUAAGGAGGAAAUUCUGGCCAGAGUGGCACCAUGAUGAUGAUAACACUCUGUAUGAAUCUGAAGAAAGCAGUGAAGCAAGCAAGACUCACUCCCCUUUGCAGGACUUCAGUUUUUAUUCAAGGACAGAAACAUUUGAUGAGGAAGGGAACAGUAUUUCUCAUACCCCUGACACAGAUUACACUGGACACUCGCUCUUUGAUUCGGAUGUGGACAUGGAUGACUACAGAGAUCAUGAACAAUGCAAAUGAUGUGUACAAGCAUCUCCCGUUUUGCAGACAAGCUGUUUCUUGGGAUCAGUCUGAUUUAUUUUCUGCUCCAGGCUGGGAGGAGGUUUGUACCACCUCCAGGAGACCGUUGUGCUUGACUUGGUUGUCACAUGUUACCUGGACUGUCUCAACCUUAUUUCAUUUUGUGUAACUGUCCAGAUGGAACCAAGGUAAACAGAUACUUAAAACGCGCAUGGGCAAACCGGAGGUCCAGAGGGCAACGGGACUUUUCAAUCUACGUUUUUGCUCUCAUUGAAAAACAAAUCCCACAGCUGGGUGGGAGAAACAUCCAGGCGGCAGAGCACUUGUAAGAGCUGGUUUGUGUUGAUAUCUUU